AACAGGAACUUAAGAUGGUACUUAAGAUAUACAAAUGUUAUAGCGAUGGUUUAAUUGAAGUAGUUACAUAGAAUUGUUUGGCAGAUGAUAAACAAACAUAUAAGUUAGUUCGUGUGUGGUUCUAUCUUUUAUAUUCGUAUUAAUAAACAUUUAGCCCGAACAAGAUUUGUAAUUAUUACAGAAAUUCGUGUAGAAAAUAUCACAAAUUGAUAUGGAUUCUGAAGAAAAUUCCCGGACUGAAAGUAUUUCUGGUGAAAUGUCUUCCUCUGCGAAAGCCGUACAGCUGUCUUCUAAAGCCACGGCCUUCUCCAUCGCCGCUAUCAUGGGAGGGGUGACCCCCCGGUCAACCCCAGACAGCCCGCGGGCCAAAGAGAGUCUCCCCACACUGGAGAAAUUUGUGGAGGAACAUUCUGAUGCUACCCCUAGUGCAGUGAAGACGGAGAGCGCCAAAGAGUUGGAGGUUGAAAGUGAUGAGGUUUCUACCACCACGUCUCCCGCCUGUAGCCGCGAGCUGGCGGGAGUCGAGUGUCGUCUGGAAACCAAGGAUUUAUGGGACAAAUUCCACGAGCUGGGCACGGAGAUGAUCAUUACGAAGACUGGGAGACGGAUGUUUCCUACUUUCCGUGUGUCGUUUACUGGAAUUGACCCGGAAUGGCGAUACUUGGUCCUGAUGGACAUCGUUCCAGUGGACAACAAACGAUAUCGGUACGCCUAUCACCGCUCCUCGUGGCUGGUGGCGGGAAAGGCUGAUCCGCCCCUCCCCACCCGUCUUUACAUGCAUCCAGACUCGCCAUAUACCGGGGAACAACUUCAAAAGCAAACCGUGUCUUUUGAGAAACUUAAACUUACAAACAACAUGCUGGACAAAAAUGGACAUAUAAUUUUGAAUUCUAUGCAUAAAUAUCAACCAAGGAUCCAUAUUGUGAAAAAGAAAGAGUCCUCAGGAAAUCAACCUAUUUCAAGUUUAGAUGCUGAAGAGUUUAAAACCUUUAUAUUUCCGGAGUCAGUUUUCAUAGCAGUAACAGCUUAUCAAAACCAACUGAUUACAAAGCUAAAGAUAGACAGCAAUCCGUUUGCCAAAGGAUUCCGAGAUUCUACGAGACUGACGGAGUUUGAGAGUAGCGCAAUGGGGGCUGAUUAUACGUAUCCGCUGAUGUACAGAGAAGGCAUGGAAACCUUGAUGCAGCACCACGCCUACCCGCGGUCUCCUCUGAGGUCGUACACGGAGACCGAUCUUGAGGAAACACUGAAGCAGCACAGGGAAUUCCUGUCAAAAGAAGAGAGCGGAAACCUUGAGAAGUCUGGAAUGGUUCCCCCGUGGCCGGUCUGGCGCCCGAUACCAUCCAGCUUUACGCCUUCCUACGUGCCAAGCGAUCGUUCGUUAUAUACCUUGUAUGGUGGACUCUUUGGUUUGAAUACGAACUUCAUGAUUCCGCCCAUGGCCUUCCAUUCACUUGCAAACAACCUUAGACUCAGAGACAAUAUCCCCACAACAACUUCCGCUUCCUAUACAGACACUGUGUAUCCCUCUACUUCCUCUUAUCGGUAUCAUCCGUAUCUCACGCCCGACAAAAUUGCAGCAGCACAGAAAGCAGCCGAAUCGUCUGUUGCCGAAAGCUGUCGGCACUAAACCCGUAUAAACAGUGAAUUACCGUUGUCUUUCAUUUAAACUUUGAUAUUAUGGAGCUAGUCCUUAUAAGAAUUGACAUUUGUAUGUUGCUGGGUCCUCGGCACGGUUAGAAAUAGCGGCAUGUUAUGUGUAAUCUGUGUUGAAUUAAAUUUUGCACAGUAGAUGGCCAAUCCUUCUACAGGGCCAAUGGUCCAACUUCUUUUGAAUGCUCAUUUUUAAAGACAUUUUUUUUUUCAAAACCUUUUCCAUAGAUUUCUGAAACAGAUUUCUUUCUAUGGAACAUGGUUUAUGGAACAAUGAUCUCGGUGUAUAAAAAUCCAUAUAGUAUGACGUCAUCAUAUAUAUCUUAUCAACACGUGCUGACAACAGGUGUAACUCAUGAGUGUAGAAUGCUGACAACAGGUGUAACUCAUGAGUGUACAAUGCUGACAACAGGUGUAGCUCAUUAGUGUACAAUGCUGACAACAGGUGUAGCUCAUUAGUGUACAUUUGAAAUAUAAAGACUGCAGUGUAUUUCCCAGAGACAUUGCUCGGUCAGUGAUCUCCGUAUAUAUGUUCUUCUUACUGAAAAUGUGGAAUGGAUAUUCUUAUGAUUUAUUGGGCUACAUGUGAUUAGGGUCUUCAGUUCUGAGCAUCUUUAACUUAAAUGUAUGGUUUUCUCAGGUCAGUGGCGAAAAAGAAAAAAAUGUACAAGUCAUUUUUUUUUUUACAUAAUUGAUAUAGUUGAUUUUUGUUGACUAGUGCUAAUUCUAUAUGCUUUUGAAGUUGUGAUAAGAUUUAUUAUACCAUAUAAUGCGUGUGGUUGAUUAUUGCGUUUAACUUAAUAUGUUUGUGUUAUUACAAAUAAACUGAAACAUAACAAAA